AUCGCCCGCUCUCCAUUCAGUCACUCAUGCACCUGCGGCACAACGUGUUCACGCAGAGCUGCACCACUCAUUCAUUUUAACACCUUUACUUUUUUUUUCAUUUUAUUUUUUUUUUUUCGAAUUAAUUAACUAAAUGGAUAACAAUGAGGAGCAGGAUUCGGACUCGUUCACGAGAGUGAUACAGUUGGAUAACUGCGGCAAGACGCUGACCUUCCGUCAGAAUAUCCUCGGCAGAACGAACGUCGUUGUUUGGGACGCUUCGAUAGUGCUGGCUUCGUACCUUGACAGAUCGUGCCGCUUCGAGAAUUGGCUGUGCGGAAAGAGGGUCCUGGAACUCGGCGCCGGUCUGGGAUGCGCCGGCCUGACCGCAGCGUGUUACGGGGCCCACGUUGUCCUGACGGAUCUGGAUGACGCUUUACCGUACACGGAAAAAACUGCGCGACAAAAUCGCAACGAGUAUGAAAAGUGCGGCGGAACUGUCGAUUGCCGCGUAUUAAAAUGGGGCAAAGAGAUCGACUUAGAUUUUCAACCGGAAAUUAUACUCGUAUCGGAUUGCGUAUACUACGAGGAAUCUCUGGAACCAUUACUCAGUACCUUGGACACACUUUUGAGUAAUGGCACAGGUGUACAUGCAAUAUUAUCGCAAGAACAAAGAGAUACUCCAAAACAAGUGAUCGUUAAUAAAAAGUUUUUAGAAGAACUAAACAAAAGGUUCAAAGUAACAUAUAUUCCUAUAACAGACCAACAUCCAGUGUAUGCAAGUUCUGACAUUCACUUGAUGAAAAUAUCAAAAGAUUGAUUUUACCUAGGCAAGAUUCAUUAUUAUUAUUUACAAAAUAAAAAGUAAUUUAUUAUUUAUUAAGAAAUUAAUGAAAAUAUUGAUUCUUUAAUAUCAUUUUUACUUCUUCCUGUCACUUGAAUGAAUCAACGUUUAAAUUUUCAUUCUUAAUACUAUAUAUACAUAUACAUAUAAUACAAUGCUAAAAGAUAGUCAGUAAAUUGAA